AUGAAUGCGUCAAGUGAACCACAGCCUGAAAAACACCGCAAAAAGGUUGGAUACCUGUUUGGCAAGAAAAUUACCCAUUCACUAUCACCGCCAUUUCACCAGGCCGUCUACGAUCAUUUCGACCUCAACUGGGAACAGCUGCGAUUAGAUUCAGCGGACAUCGAUGAAUUCCUACGUCUUACGAAGCAGCCCAACUUCUAUGGGGCUGCUGUAACUAUGCCUAAUAAAGUGGCUAUCUUGCCAUAUCUGGACGGCAUGACGGAAGAGUGUCGCGAUGUGGGAGCAUGCAACACGAUAUUCCUAAAACAGAAAGAUGGAAGACGUCAGUUGUACGGAACGAAUACCGACGUCAUUGGUAUACGAGACUCUUUUCUUCGCAACGUCCCGCAUCCUGCUAGUUCGAUCCAUGGCAGACCUGCGCUCGUGGUUGGCGGCGGCGGAGCGGCAAGAAGUGCCAUCUACGCCCUCAGAAAAUCGAUGAAUGUGACGCACAUUUAUCUGGUCAACAGAGAUGCACAAGAAGUGGAAGAUAUGAUGAAGGACUGUACGCUUCGAGGCUACGGACAAGACCUGGUGCACAUACAGACCGAAGAGCAAGCGCGACUGGCUGAGACGCCGGGCGCUAUCGUUGCAUGUGUGCCGGAUUUUGAGCCUCAGUCGCAUGAAGAAAAGAUGGCUAGAAGCAUUCUGCAUAUCCUUUUGUCUGGCCCAAUGCUUGGCGUUAUGUUGGAAAUGUGCUAUAACCCAACACCAUUCACGAAAUUGGCUGCACUGGCUGAGGGUUUGGGCUGGUCCAUCAUCUUGGGUACAGAGGCAAUGAUUUGGCAAGGUCUGGAGCAGGACAAGUACUGGACGGGGAGAAAGGUAGAAGAUAUGCCUAUAGAAAAACUACAAGCACUUGUAGACAGAGAAAUUCAGCGCCAACGGCUAGAUAGACUUUGA